AUGAAGCUAGCCGAGUUCCUGUCUGACCUCACGUCUCUCCAAGUCUGCGAUCCCAACGCCGCCCUCGCGCUUGUGUCUGCCAGACCGGAAUCCUCUGUCAGCGGAGACUCCCUGCGGCCCUCUGCAAGCAAAGAUGAUGGCGACGUCGAUCUGAAGCGUGCAAAAGAUCUAUUGGACCUGCAUGCCUCUGUCAAACUCGCUCACCAAGACGGCACCGACGCGGAGCUGAACACGGCUCGCGAUGCCGUGGCCAGAAUCCUCAGGAUCCUCUAA